AUGGAACACCUCCUUAUUACUCUUAUUCUUAUGUCAAUGCUUCAUUUGAAUUCAUUGGCUUCUUUGAUCAAUGAAAAAUCAUACUUCAAGGUUAAUUCUACUGCCCUUAAACAAGCUAGAAAAGCUUUCAUGGCUUUUGAUACAUCUAACCUUCAAGAUCCUCAAAUGCCCCCUAAAUCUUUUAGUGUUUACCAUCUCGACCUUUUUGAAAAGUCAAAAUUCAAGGACUAUGACUCUGUAUUCAAUAAUCGUCUUUCUCAAGAUGAUGCUAGAGCAACAUACCUAUCGUCGAUGCUAAGAUCCCAUCAUAGUACUAAAAAUAAAAAUUCAAGUGAUCACCAAAUCCUAAAGGUAGCACCUAGUAUGUACAUGAAAGGUCAUUAUGUUGCAACAUUUUUACUUGGAAGUGAAAAAAUACACAAUUUGUUGCUAAUAGAUACUGGUAAUUACUUGACUUGGUGGCAAUGUGCACCAUGUAUUGAAGAUAAGUGUUAUAAGCCACAAAUUUAUACAAUAUACAACUAUACCACAUCAAACACAUAUAGAAAUUUGGAUUGUGUUGCAAAUAGUGCAACUUGCAUAACUUCAAACUCUGAUUUUCAUUGUUCUUUAGAAACGAAAUCAUGUUUCUAUGUACAUGUUUAUGAUAAUGGAGAAACAACAAAAGGAUUUGUUGCAUCGGAUAUUAUAACAUUUCCAUCAGACAAUACAGAAGCCAGGAUUAAUUUUGGAUGUAGUGUUGAUCAAAAAAGUGGUACUGAUUUUAGUGGUACAUUUUCUGGGAUUGUUGGUCUUAGUAAAAGAGUAAGUAGUAAAUCAACAGGAGGAUAUUCUUUGCCAUCACAAUUAGGUUCUUCAUUAUUUGCUUUAUGUCUACCAAGUUUAACAUCAACACAACCAUCUAUCCUAACGUUUAAUAAAGCUCCGUGGAUAUAUGGAACAGAGGCAAAGUUUGUGAAAAAUCGAUUGAACCCUCAUUUUUACUAUGUUAAUCUUUACAAAAUUUUCAUCAACGAUAAGGAAGUCCCUGUGGAUCCUUCGUGGUGGAAUGGUCAAAAAGUUGAUCAUGGUGCCAUGGUUGAUACAGGGUCAUUGAUAACGCGAUUUCCUCAUGACUUAUACAUUGUUUUUAGAUACAUAUUUAGAGAACAAGUGAAAUACCCAAUGCUUCAAUAUCCUAUUGGUAUGUUUGAUACUUGCUACAAAGAUAUUGAAGAGGAUGAAGAUAUGUAUUUCCCAAUUAUAAGGUUUUAUUUUGGGAAUGUUUCACAUAAACAAGAGUUGAUGCUAGUACAAGAAAGAGUUGUAGCUAAUUUACAAGGUUUUUAUUGUUUAGCUAUUUUGCCAUGGGAUGAUAAAACAACACUUAUAGGGUCUCAUCAACUUCAAGGCACAGGAUUAACUUUUGAUAUGAAAAAUAAUGCUUUGACUUUUAGUGUUGAUGCUUGUGAUUAA